AAUACGUCGAGUCGCUGAUAAACGGCAUGACGGCAUGUAGUGGAUUGGCUAAUGGCUCCGUCUUCUCGUGAGAAGAACUGUCCGACAUUUUGCUUGUGGCCACUGUCGAGACAAAACAACCAUGAGUUUAUCCCUCAAUCUUGGCGUCGCUCCAUCUCUUCAUUCGUCUGCAUUUCCGACUCAUACUUCCAACAUCAAAUUCUAACUCAACCAAUUCCAACUGCCCAGAAAUCCGAUGGACCAUUUGGAGCGAAAUUGCCGAGUUUAAUUGCUGCAGACAAAACACAGCUCAGGUCUCAGAGACAAGCAUUGGUUGAUAUCUUACGUGAUUGUGCCGACAAAAAGUCAUCGGAAAUGACGAAAGCUGUUCAUGCGCUUGUGUUGAAAUCCGAAUACUCGGUGUCGGACUUGUUAGUCUUGUUAAAUCAUGUGGCACAUGCCUAUGCGAAAUGCAUGGAUUUUAGCCUUGCUCGUCAAGUGUUUGAUAAAAUGUCGCAGAGAAAUAUAUUCUCUUAUACUGUUAUGAUUGUCGGGUCGACAGAGAAUGGCUCGUUUUAUGAUGGGUUUGAGUUCUUUUGUGAGAUGGUGAAUCGAGGAAUUUUGCUGGACAAAUUUGCAUAUUCUGCUAUUCUCCAGACGUGUAUUGGUUUGGAUUGUGUUGUGUUGGGUAAAAUGGUGCAUGCCCAGAUUGUUGCAAGUGGGUUUACUUCUCAGGCUUUUGUUAGUGUAUCUCUUCUUAACAUGUAUGCAAAGCUCGGGUUGGUAGAAGAUUCAUAUAAGGUGUUCAAGUCCAUGAGAGAACAAAAUCAAGUGUCGUGGAAUGCAAUGAUUUCGGGGUACACGUCGAAUGGCCUUCAUUUAGAAGCAUUUAACCUUUUCCUCGACAUGAUGUAUGAAGGAAUUUCAACUAAUAUGUACACAAUCAUUAGCGUAUCGAAAGCAGUUGGUCAGUUGGGUGAUAUUGAUAAGGGGAGAGUUGUUCACCGUUAUGCGUCUGAUCAUCAUUUGGAUUCCAGUGUUCGCGUGGGAACUGCUCUAAUAGACAUGUACUCAAAGUGUGAGUCUUUAUCCGAUGCAAGAUCUAUUUUUUAUUCUAAUUUUGCCAACUGUGAAGUCAAUACGCCAUGGAAUGCAUUGGUUUCAGGCUAUUCGCAAUGUAGGUAUAGCCAAGAAGCUUUGGAGCUUUUUGUGACAAUGUGCGCAAACGGUGUUCAACCAGACCUUUAUACUUACUGCAGUGUGUUCAAUGCAAUAGCUGCUUUGAAAUGUAUGCGUUUUGGAAAGGGGGUUCAUGGAAUGGUUUUAAAAUCUGAAUCAGAAAUUAAGACAAGUGUUUCUAAUGCAAUUGCUGAUGCAUAUUCUAAAUGUGGGUUGCUUGAAGAUGUAAGGAAGGUUUUUGAUAGCAUGGAAGAGAGAGAUUUAGUGUCUUGGACAACUUUGGUUACUGCUUACUCUCAAUGUUCUGAGUAUGAGGAAGCGCUAAUCAGCUUCUCAAAAAUGAGGGAAGAAGGCUUUAUACCCAAUCAGUAUACUUUUUCUACUGUGCUUGAUGCAUGUGCUAGCCUUUCAUCGCUUGACUAUGGUCGGCUAGUCCAUGGUCUUCUAUGUAAGUCUAGCCUGGAUGAUGAGAAGUGUACAGAAAGUGCUCUAAUCGACAUGUAUUCUAAAUGUGGUUGCUUAACUGAGGCGAAAAAGGUUUUCGAAAGAAUUUCUAACCCUGAUACUGUUUCAUGGACUGCAAUAAUAUCAGGUUAUGCUCAACAUGGUCUUGUGGAAGAUGCACUACAUCUCUUUAGGAGAAUGGAGCAGUUGUGUAUGGAGGUGAAUUCUGUUACCUUAUUGUGCAUUCUAUUUGCUUGCAGCCACAGGGGUCUUGUGGAGGAAGGUCUUUAUUUUUUUCGUCAAAUGGAGGAAUGUUAUGGUCUGGUGCCAGAGAUGGAACACUAUGCUUGCAUUGUUGAUCUCUUGGGCCGUGUAGGCCGCCUUGCUGAUGCCAUGGAGUUUAUUGAAGAGAUGCCGAUUGAGCCCAACGAAAUGGUAUGGCAGACCCUGUUGGGAGCAUGUAGGGUCCAUGGAAAUGUUGAGUUGGGGGAGAUUGCUGCUGAGAAGAUUCUUGCCAUUCGGCCCGAAUAUUCAGCUACCUAUGUUCUCCUUUCCAAUACAUACAUGGAGACGGGGAGUUAUGACGAUGGAAUUAGCUUAAGACAUAUGAUGAAAGACCGGGGUGUAAGAAAGGAAGCAGGAUGUAGCUGGAUUUCUAUCAAAGGUGAAGUUCAUAAAUUUUAUGCAGGAGAUCAAUUGCAUCAACAAAAAGAUCACAUAUAUGCAAAGUUAGAAGAAUUGAGGACAACUAUCAAAUCGAUUGAUUAUGUACCUGACUUGAGUUAUGAGUAAAGAUCUGAAUUC